AUUGACGUUAUCAUGUCAAUCGGUUGAAAUGGGCGUGGCUAGUUCAUUCUCAGGCCGGGUAAGACCCCAGCAACAACACAGCGCUCGGUCCAACCUAUGGAGAUUGGGCUUUGCAAUCGCCAUCCAUCCUCUGAAUAUACAGCAUUUUGUGGAAUAAUAUCGCUGCUGCUGAUCAGAAGAUAUUUCAUUUUUUGAAUCUGAAUCUGAAGGCACUGGGGAGAGGCGCAGAAAAAAAUUUUCAUACUCAAUGACAUUACAUCGCAAUGUCCGAUCGUUUGGGGCAAAUUACCAAGUCCAAGGAUGGGAAAAGCAAGUAUUCCUCAAUCAGCCUAUUUGACAAGUACAGGGGAAAAUCAAUAGAAACUCAGAAAAACACAGUAGUUACGCGACAUGGCUUGCAAAGUCUUGGUAAAGUGGCAACAGCCCGGCGCAUGCCCCCACCUGCUCAUCUGCCGAGCUUGAAGUCUGAAAACAAAGGAAACGACCCCAACGUGAUUAUAGUGCCCAAAGACGGUUCAGGAUGGGCGAACAAGCAGGAACAACCCGAUCAAAAGAGUUCUAUUGCAUCAGCGUCACAGCUGCAGGAGUUGCAGCCACAGCAGGCUUCACAGAAAUCUGUCUCCAAUCUUCAGAAGCCCUUACCAGUAGCCAACCAGGAGAACCCAAACACAGGUGGACCAAAGCAAUGGGCCCAGCUAAAUGGAAAGGCAGCCGAGCACGAUGGUUUAAGGGCCUCAAACCGACUUCAGCCCUUCUCUCACGAGGAAUUUCCCACACUGAAGGCAGCUGGAGAACAGGACAGGGUUGGCAAGGAAAGAAGCGGCUUCGAUCCGUCGUAUGGGCCCGGACCAAGCCUCCGCCCCCAGAAUGUGACGAGCUGGAGGGAAGGUGGUGGCAGGAACCUUCAGCCCUCUUCCCUGACCCUCGGGCUGCCAGCAGAUCCUGAGGGUAAACCCACUGCCGUCGGUGAGACUGGGACCCCUCCAGCCUCGUCUCACCCCCCCACUGCCACCGGCACCGCCCCAUCUGCUGCAGUGACGGCUCCGUCACCAAACCUCGACGCAAAGGACCCCUCCCUCCGACCCGCCCAGCCUGUGCGCAGAACAACCGUCCCUACUGCUCUGCAGUACCAACUUCACCACACCUCAACCGCGGUCUACCACGACAUGUUACCCGCAUUUAUGUGCUCCAAAGACACGCGAGAGACUUCAGGUACAGAACACGUUCCCACCACUUCAGCGGCGCCGGUCCGAUUCGACAGCAAACCCGCUUUCAGGCAGACUUAUGCCAAACCUGAAGUCCUAAAUGGUGAUGCCAGAAAAGAGAAUCGUUUCGUUCGCGCUCCGCUUUCUAGAAUCUCUUCUCAGCCCAUCCGCAGACCCGGUGAAAGACCACCUCGCCCAGCCAUCAUAAACCCCGAAGAUCUGAAGGAUCUGGAUGAUCUGGAUAAUGACUUUGAGGAUGGAUGGGCUGGACUUCAUGAAGAAGUUGAUUAUAGUGAGAAGCUUAAGUUUAGUGAUGAUGAAGAAGACCACUCUUCAAGUGAUAAAAAGAUUUGGAAUGAUUGGGAAAAGGGAAGAGAAACCCGAUUCUCUUUAAGCUCAGGCGAAGUGUCAUACCAACAGGAGGGGCUUGAAGACAGUUAUUCCUACCAACAUCACAACCAGGAGCUUCCCAGAAAGCCCAGCAGCAGAUAUCCAUCAGUCGACAGUCAGACUCAACAAAAAAACUACGGCGAGCCGCUAAGCGACCAGGAUGAGCACCAUCGGCAGUCUCAGAGCCAGCCGCCGGCCAGGGCUAAAUACGUUUCGCCGGAACUAUCCGAAGCUGUCGAAAGAGCACGCAGGAGAAGGGAGGAGGAAGAGCGACGCGCCCGGGAGGAGCGGUUGGCUGCGUGUGCUGAAAAACUCAAAAAGUUGGAUGAGAAGUUUGGAAAGACUGAAAAGCAGAUGCCGAGGAUCGAGGACGGUCCGAAGGACGCAGAAGGCAAAAGAACCCCUCUGUCCCCAAGCAAAGAGCAGAGUAAAAGCCAGAGCGAUUACUGGCAGUACAGCUCAAAAGCAGAAACAGCACCACCAUCAGGAACAGGUGAUGAAAAUGCCACAAUGGCAGCAGUCUGGUCACCCUUCAUCCGGCCAGCGAGGAUACUAUCCCCCAUCCGUUCUCGGGUUUGAUCCCCGCUGGAUGAUGAUGCCACCCUUCAUGGAUCCCCGUAUGGCCCAAGGACGCUCACCUGUGGACUAUUACUCUGGAUCUGUUCACUCUGGAGUUAAAGCUGGUACCCAUCAAGACCACCUGAACAGCCCCAGUUCAGAUGAAGGAUGCCAUUCCAACUUGCACCAAGAGAGGAGAACUUCCUCCACUGAGCCUUACCCGGUGUGGAAUCAAGACUACCCUUUACGCAGCUUCACCCCACCCUACCAGAGACAGCAUGAAACAUCAGACGGUGGCAAGUCUGGCGACAGAAUCACUUCCCAUUUGGACUCCUAUGAGGAUGUGACUAAGGAGUCUCUGGCUCGCUCCCACGACGAUCUCCAUCAUCACGCCUACCAGAACCGAGGCUCAGACAAGGAGCAGCAACACGAUGACCAAGGCCUGCUCAGCAGCUCCAAGAGCCUCUGUCAGAGUUUCUCAGAGAACGAAUACACAAAGCAAGACUCUAGAGACAGCUAUCUGAAAGAGGAGCUCGAGUCUCACGCCGAGGGCUUUGAUGGACCCACGGAUAACUGGAAAAGAGAAGGAAGCCAGAAACAAGAUGGCAUUUUCAACAGCGGCCAAAGCCACUGGUCUGAGGCUAGUUCCAGCUCCAGCAGCAGUGCCAGCCAGCCCUGUGAGACGAGCGGGCGGACCCUGACUCGCAGAACCGGACCCAUCAAGAAACCAGUUCUCAAAGCUCUCAAAGUGGAAGACAAGGAGAACGAAAAGCCCAAACCCAAACCCGAGGAGAAACCUGUCCCCUACCGCCUGGACAAAGAAGUCCUCACCAACGUUCAUGACCUGAAGAAAGAUAAUCAGCUGUCUGUCAGCCGGCGCUCAGCCUCUCCUGUCGUUGAGAAGCCGCCUGAAGAAAAGCAGCGUCAGUCACCAGCUCCCGCUAAAAUAGACCGGCAUCUGAACAUCAACACUCCCGCCUUCUCCAAGGAGAACAGCUGGGCCAGCGGGAAAACCCACCCACCGAAAGAGGGGCCGGAAAGCCGGGAAUGCCAGGCGCCACGGCGGAAUAACUGGAUAUUUAUCGAUGAAGAACAAGCCUUCGGUGCCGUCAGGGGAACGGGGAGAGGCCGCGGUCGAGGCUUCAGGGAGUUCAGCUCUCGGGGUGGAACCCGCGGCGGUCGAAGUGGAGAGAACCUCCGAGGGAUGUACAAUAACAGUACAAUGAGCGGCACCCAGCGGCCAGGAAGAGGGCGGGCUUUGUCCAGGGACUUUGUAAAAAUGGAGGAUUUUCAGAGGGGCAAACCGCGCAGGCGAAACGUCAGCGAGACGUUGAGCGAAGCUUCAGAGUACGAAGAACUUCCCAAAAGGCGCCGGCAGAAGGGCUCAGAGAACGGAGAGGCUAAUGCCGAAGCAGCAGAAGCCCGUAAGGCCGACAGAGAGUCUUGGAGAUCCAACAAGGUGUACACAGAUGAUCAGGCUGCUUUAGACGCGAGAGAAAAGACCAAGUCCAGCCGGGGUUAUGGAGGUCGAGUUCUUCCCCCCAGGCUGAACGCGACCGGCAACUACAGUCGAAGUUUCGGAGGGACUAGGGAUAUCCCGACAUGGCGGGGCCGAGGGUCCCAGUUUAGCGGCAACGCUCCUUCUGUGCAAGAAAAUGGUUACGGUCCUGAAGCUGCGUAUCCAUCCCGACCUCCAGCAGAGCGCGACGCUCUUAAAUAUCCCCCCAAGUUUUCGGGCCCUUUCUUAGAAAACAGCGAGGACAGAGAAGGGGAGUACUACUUUGAGAGCGAUAAUCCCGACCGCCAGAUGUUGAGAAGACGGCGUCCUCCGCGUCAAGACAAACCUCCCCGCUUCCGCCGUCUACGGCAAGAACGUGAGCCGGGCUCCAACCAGUGGACCAGCGACGAGUAUGUGAACGGAGACUUUGCCAAACCCUGGCCGAGUCGCUCCAAAGGCUCUGCAGAGGACGGCUGGCCAAGCGGUCAUUACCCUGGACGCUCCGGGCAGCACGCUCAGGCGGAGGAGUGGGAAACGGGCUCGGACAACAGCGAUUUCAAUGAUUGGAGGGAGAAGCGUGGCGGGGGCGCGGGCUCUCAGGGGCACGGAGACGUUCCCUCCGACUCGGGCCACAGCGAGCCUGGCUCUGGUGAGAAGAGGGAACUUUCAAAGAGAAGCUUCUCCAGCCAGAGACCCCUGGUGGAGCGGCAGAACAGGAAGGGGGAGCCCCCCCUGUUGGAGGGAAGCAAGAUGGUUCGCACUUCAGAGAAUCUUCCCAUUUCUUUGUCUGGGAGGAGUGACAGCUGGCAGAAUGGAGGAAUUUCAAAGAGGAGUCCAGAUGACUGUGGACCUUUUUAUAGCACAGAUCCAUCCUCAGAAGACAAGGAGUCCUGUGAAUCGGCAGGGAAGAAGAUGGAUAAGGAGCUGAAAGCAGGAGCUGUAAAGACUGACAUUGAUGAAACCAUCUCCCCAUAUGAGAUUAGCUUAAUCAACGGAGAGAGCGGGGGAGCCAGUUCUAGUUCAGAUGGAUACCAGGAUGCUUUGUCCAAAAAGCAAAGACGUCCUCAAGAGGAUGAGAGGAGGAGAAAAGAACAAGGAGCGCCUGUGCCGGUCAAAAACCGGACGAUGGCAUCCAAGAUUCCUCCACGCUUUGCUAAAAAGCAAGGAAGCCUGAGCAUCGAGCAACCAGAAGAAGCAAUUUCCUCCAACAAUCUGGGAACUGAAAUCUGGGAGAGCAACAGCUCAGCUCUGUCCGUGCAGUCUUCAGGAGGGGACUCCUGGACCAAACAGGUGUCUUACGCAGGGAGCGAGCCCAACUCUGAGGACUCCGAUGCUGGCCCAGAACAAAACAAAGAACAGCACAAACCCGGGCCCAUUGGAAACGAACGCUCCCUGAAGCACCGAAAAGGCUCUGAAGGCGUUGACAGGCUGGAAGGCGGCCCCAUCACACCGGUCAAUGGUGUGGAUCUCCACGUGGACGCCGUCCUGCCCGUGCCUCCUAUUGAGUUCGGCGUCAGCGCCAAGGACUCCGAUUUCAGUCUCCCACCAGGAUCCACCCCGGUGCCCGUAUCCAACCCCGUUAACAAGCUCCAGGAUGCUCUUACCACCAAUACGUCUUUGAAUCAAAGUUUACCCAUUCUGCGCUCCAACCAUCUGCAGCCUGGCAUUAACCUCAGCAGCAUUUCCUACCCCACCGCUGACCUCACUCUCAAGAUGGAAUCUGCCCGCAAAGCCUGGGAAAAUUCCCAGUCCCUGCCAGAGCAGGGCUCUCCUGGCGGGGGCGCUUCUGGGGCUCAGCCUGCCUGCAGUGUGGGCUCGUCCAGCGGUGUCAGCUACAGUACCUUUGGAGGCGUUUCAAUGCCCCCAAUGCCAGUUGCGUCUGUGGCACCUUCUAUGUCCAUUCAAGGUAAUCCAAUCCCCCCACUCUACCUGGACGGCCAUGUUUUCCAAAGUCAGCCUCGCCUUGUGCCUCCUACCAUGACUCAGCAGCAGACUUACCAACAGGCUCCCACAGCCCAGCAGAUUCCCAUCUCAUUACACACCUCCCUUCAGGCUCAGGCACAGUUGGGACUUCGGGGGGGUCUUCCUGUCUCCCAGUCCCAGGAGAUGUUCAACUCCAUCCCUCCCUUCAGGUCCCAGGUUUACAUGCACCCCAACCUUUCACAGCCCAACCCCAUGGUGCUGUCUGGUGGGGGCCCCAUCAAGGGCCCUUACUCGGCUUUUCCUGGCAUGCAGCCCUCAGACAUGGUGAAACCGCAGUCAGGCUCUCACUACCAGCCUUUGAACGGCAGCCAGCAGCUGGUGUACGACAGUCAGAUGAAUCAAGGACCUGGUAUGGGUUCUUCUCAGUUAAUGGACUCUCAGCUCAUUCAGGUGACUAUGCCGCUGCCCGGCUCUCAGCUGCGUUACGGCUCCGCUCAGCAGCAUCUCAUCCUGCCACAGUCCAUCCAGCUGCAACAAGGACAGAGCCUGUCGGUGGGAGCGCCCCGCCGAAUGUUACCGCCGGGCUCCCAGCCGGCGGUUCUGACCGGCAGCAGAGAGAGCUCACAGAUGGAAAUGAAAGGCUUUCAGUUCUCCGAGAAGGCCAGUCAUUCCCCAGGUUUGUCAGGAGGCUCGUACAGGCCCGGGUCUGCAAGCCCGAGCGGUAAGCCCUCCGGUCCUGGGGGCCCUGUAGGCCCUCUGCCUACACAUUUUCCUCAGCAGAUCCCGCCUGCUCAGGGCAGCAUGGUGAUGCACAUGCGGCCCCCCACCACCGGCCCUUUCCCCAACCCCAUUCAACGGCCUGUCAUGCCAGUCAACAAGCCUGUUGUCAUUCGCUCCCCCCCUUACCCCAACCCCGGCCGUGAUCCUCCCCACUCCACCCCCCCUUCAGUCCCUGAGCCCCCAGUCAAAGGGCCAGAGGAUGGCAUGAAGAGUAAGACAUUGCGAGACAUGUGCAAGGCAGUGGGGGAGGGCAAGUCCCCACCCGGGGGCAUGACCAGCAAAAUCCAAGAGCCCCUACCCUCCACGGGUCAAGCCAAACCAGCACGAACUGGAGCCAUCAAACCCCAGGCUGUGAAAGUCGAAGAGGGCAAGGCAUAACAAAAGGACCUUAGGGCCUCCAAGUCCCCCCCACCAAGCGAGCCCGCUGACGCACAGCCCCGCGGUCGGUGAGCCCCCGAACCCCAGCUCGCCACCCCCCCAAGCACCAAGGCAGCGGACAUACACAUGCAGUCAUGAUAAUGAAUUACUCUGAACUGGCAGAACCGGACACUUAUUAUUUCACACCACGUAUAGAGAUAUAUAAAUAUAUAAAAUAUAUAUGCAUACACACAGACAGUCUUUUAAACAGAUCUCUUCAGAGUCCUCUUUAAUUUAUUCUUAGUCACUUUUAGGGGGGGUAAAGAGGAAAAGUUUUGUUUCUCGUUUGUGUGUGUGUGUUUGGGGGGGAAAUAAACUCGGAUGGUUCAUUUUUUUUUUUUUCCACAUUGUUUUUGCCAAACUAUAUAUUUACUCUGUAAAUGGACUGAAGCCUUCAAGACCACCUGAUACAGUGAGAAGCAACACCUUUUCUUUUCUGACCAAUCAGAAUGCAGUGUGUCAUUUUCAGUGUUUUUUUUUUUCUCUUCUUCUGGUAAAUAAAGGUUAACAUCAUGACCACCCAUUCAAACCGCUGGUGGAGGAUUUUUUUUUUUGAUCAACGCAGAAAAGAAAAGGUGGUACAAGUAUAAGAAUAUUAAUAAAACAUGCAGAUUUCUUUAAAAAAAAUCAAUUUGUGAAAAUCCACUUCCUGUUUUUUUAUAUAUAUAUAAAUUAAGCAUUAAAAUCUAAAUAUUUCUCAAUCAUGUUGCUUCCAUCACAAACUUGGACACAGCGCCUGCAUGUGAAGAGUGGACCUGCAAAGACGGCAACACUUUCCGGUUCUUUUCCUGCUUCAUUUUACUUGCUUUAUUUUAAAGAUAGUUUUGGUUAAAAAAAAUAAAUACAAAGCAUUCUAUCAGUAAUUAAAAUCACAGUCAGGGUCCAAAUGAAGUUCUGCUUUCAGGCUAGUCGUCGCAGACGGGAUGUGGAGUGUUGCUUGUUUCAGUUAGGGCAGCCUUUGCUUUUUGUGGGAGCACAACCAUGAAAGAUUUUUAAAGUGUUUUAAAAUGUGAAAAAGUUAGGACUCAUCCUGUUUUUGUUUUGUUUUUUUUUCCCCGUUUGUGGUUCAUGAAUUCUUUGAAAGUCGCCAUCAUUGUGUCCAAACUGGUUCCAUGUUACUAUAACGCUCCAUGACAUUAACGACAUGUUAGUCUUUAUGGAAGUGUUUCACUGGUUUGUGUGUAACUGUACAGUGGAGCCUUUUCAAAACGGCUUCUCCCCACAUUUCAUUUUCGAUAUUGUGGCACUAUAAAGGAUAUAUUGUUUUAAAAGAAAAAAAAGGUCACUGUGUUUCUCUACAUGGACUGCGUCCACCUGGUGAUAGGUCUGUCGGCCUCUGAGAGUCUUUUAGUCUCUUCUUCCGUUCUGCAGAAGAUCUCCAUGCCUCUUCAUCAUUGUAUCUGCACCAAAAUGUGACCCCAAUGUUUUUUUCUUUUCUUUUUUUUCUUUUGCUUUUUGUACUUUUGAAAUGCAUAUUUAAUUUUUGUCAGAGGACAAGUGCUUUCUACAUCUGAUUCAGCACUCUGUUUAUCCUGCCUGAUGGUCAUUCUUUCAGGUAUUUUGGUCAUUACUCUCCCUUGAUUUAAACAAUAUAAAAGCUUGUUGAAAGCAAAAAAAUAAAGCAGUUGUGAUUUCU